AUUUUGCUGCCAGUCCAGUCAGUCGGCCGUCGUUCAGUUUGGCCGUGUUGCUUGCCCGUUUCGGUUGGUCUCUGGCGGGGAGGCCUCUGCUCUAUUGAAUAUCGGUACUCGGUAGACAAUCACGAACAGCGGUCGACACUGGACAGUCGACAGCGAACCGAUAGUACUACGCACGUACACGUGCAGGCGGACAGUCUGUCCGUUCCCGCCGCAGUUUGUACGCGUCCGCUACUCCAGACGUGUCCACUAUCACCGCCCGGGACGGUUACGACGUUAACAGUCUGUCACGGCGUCGGGUUUAUGUUCGCACACGGUGAUAUAUUAUAGGUUCACCAAUGGUUGUUUCAUUGUUUGUUUGUUAUUUGUGUUUCCGAUAAAUCACCGACAGCGACGUCAUCACAAAGCGAAAAUAUUUAAUAUUUAAAUUACUAUUAUAUUAAUAUAAUACGUGAUUUAUACCUUAACGAAAAAUAGUUCCAUCUGAUUCAUCGGGACAAAAUGUUGAUAUGGUGCAGCGGCCAUGCCGUGAUCGUCUUGCUCGUAGCAGCACUCAGUACUGCACCGGCAUACACAGAACUUAUUGGACUGUACGAAGAAUCAGAUCUGUUGGAAAUAUUGGACAGUACCAAUUUUAAUGACAAAGUAUUACAAGGAAAUACAUCAUACGUGAUUGAGUUUUACAAUGCCUUUUGUGGACAUUGUAUACGGUUCUCAACCCCUUGGAAAGGAUUUGGAAUUCAAGUAUACGGGUGGAGAAAUUAUGUGAAAGUUGGUGUAAUUGACUGUUCAAACGAAAUAAACAGUCAAACAUGCCGAGAUUAUGAAGUCAUGGCCUAUCCUACCGUACGCUACUUUCCUCCCCGGCCAGCAUCAAGUAAUAUUGGAAUAGAAUUUACUAGAUCUUUUAAUAUACAAGUUAUGAAGGAUUUUCUUAUUAAAAUGCUUCAAGAAACUCAAAGUAGCACAAAUGUAUCAACUUUGUGUGAUAUACAACCCUUUGAAAAUGUCAUUGUAGAAAUGGAUUCAAAUAAUAUUUUAACAUUUAUUAUAAUUAGUACGCCAAAUAAUAAGAUUGCUCAAGAACUUAUUAUUGAUUUCUGUCCUGUAAAAAAAGUUAAAAUAAUAAGCGUACUUAAUUCUAACACAGGAUUGGCCGAAUUAUUAAAAACAGAAACAUAUCCAAGUCUCUAUCUUGUUGAAGACAAUAACCAAUUCACACUUUUAGCAAGUGGAAAUAACAAAACAAAUUUUACCAAUACCAUUAAUACAUAUUUGGAAACAGUGCACAUGACUCCAUUCAGUUUAUUUGAUAUUACUACUACACUCUAUAAUUUAUUAUUCCAUAAAGACAAAGGUUCGAUGCAUAAUGACAAUACAGUUUAUUUGUCAGAUUUAGAAGCUACAUUGAGGUAUUCUCUGGAACAUGAAAUUCUAUCACGAAGUGUUAUUUCUGGCGAGUCAUUAAAUGCAUUAAAUAGUUAUUUAGAACUUCUUAUUGAAUGUUUCCCUUCUAGUAUUAGAGGUAAAAAAUUCAUUAAGUUAAUAUGGGAAAAUACUCAUCUCAAUAAAACAGUGUCAGGAGAGAAGCUUGGAAAUCUUAUUAAUAACUAUGAAUUUUUGUUAAAACCUUAUGUUACUAAACAUAGUUGGAUCGGAUGUGAAGGUAGCCAACCAAUGUAUAGGAAAUAUCCAUGUGGCUUAUGGACUACGUUUCACACACUCUCAGUACAAGCAUCUAUAAAGAACUUGACCACAUUUAAUGGAAGACAAGUUUUGCAAACUAUUGCUGGUUAUGUUAAAUAUUUCUUUGGAUGUACAGACUGUUCUGAGCAUUUCAUGAAUAUGGCUACCACAAUUCAAACUAAUGUUUCAUCAUUAGAUGAUGCAGUGCUGUGGCUUUGGUCAGCCCAUAAUCAAGUGAACCAAAGACUUACGGGUGAUGUUACUGAAGAUCCAAUGCAUCCAAAAAUAUUAUUUCCAUUGAAAGUAUAUUGUGAAACAUGUCACCAAAAUGGUACUGAUGAGUGGAAUAAAACCGAAGUGCUAAAAUAUUUGAAAAAUAUGUAUUCAGCUAUUAGUCUUCAAAAGACACCAUAUGAUAAUAUUGAUUCCAAAUAUGAUAAUUUGAUAAUCCCAAGUAAACGGUCCAUUGAUGAUAAUAGUAAUUAUAAUAAUAAUGUGUUUGAUGAAGAAGAAUGGAAGAUUGAUGUUAGCACUUGUAUGAUAUCAUAUAUUUUGUCAUGUAGUGUGUUAAUGAUAUUAUUUUAUUUACUGUUGGUGAAGAAACGGUGUAAAAAAAAUAAAUAUAUUUAUUUUAUACUGGGUAAAUAGUUUGAUUUGUUAUUAUAACUUAAAUGUGUUUUGUUUUUUAUUAAAUUAAAUUUUAAUUUUUUGACUAAGAUUAUAUAUUUUAUAUUACUCAUUUACAAAUUUAAAAAUAAUUUAACUAUAAGACUGUGUUAUAUAAUAAAUUCAUAUACAUUUUAAUAUGUUCAAUAAGAAAUAUACAUUUACUUUAUCACAUUUUGAAUAUUGUACUAUAAUGUUAAUUACAUAUUAUAAAUUUUAAUAUUAUAAGUAAUUCAUUAAUUCAAUAGUUAUUAGGCAUACAAUUUGCAAAUGUUAAAACUGUUUAUUAUUUUGGAUGAUUUUAUUGCAAAAAUUUACUGUUAAUUAAACGGUAUAUAAUUUAGUUU